GGGGAAGCACGUGGAUGAUUUGAAUGAGAAUGGAAAGAAAGAAUAGUUCCUGAUAUGAAUGUGAAAAAUGGAAGGAAGAAAAAUGAACAGAGGGGUGAUGACAUUAGAAGUAGAAUAAGAGAGAGAGAGAGAGAGAGGAGAGAGGGUGGGAACGAGGAUGGGUGAGAGUGGGGACGAGGCUCUAACGCCGGCGGGGAGGCUUUUCCUGCAGGAAGAAACGAAGCAAGUGAUCCACUGUGUGAUAGGGCUGAAGAAUCCCAUCGACGUGGAGUUAGUGAAAUCGGAAGUGCGGAAGUCAACCAUGCUCCAACACCCGCGCUUCAGCAGCCUGAUGGUGAGAGACGAAAGAGGAGUGGAGCACUGGCGAGCCACCCAAGUGGAGAUUGAUCGGCACUUCCGCAUAAUCGAGGAGGCGCUGGGUGAGGAAGGGGAUGAACGGGCCAUCAACGGCUACCUUGCGGAACUAUCCAUAGACUGCGAUGGGCUUAGCAUGGAUAAGCCCCUCUGGGAAAUCCAUCUUCUCAUGGCCCACAACUGCCUUAUUUUCCGAAUCCAUCAUGCCCUUGGUGAUGGUAUUUCCUUGAUGUCCAUGUUCCUCGCCAGCUGCAGGAAACUCAACGAUCCCCAAGCUCUCCCUGCCAUCGCUUCUCCUUCAAAUACCUCUUACCCUCCCUUCAAUUUCUGGAAUCUCCUCGCCACUCUCUGGUUUUCUUUCCUCUUUGUCCUCGAUUUUAUCCUCAGGUGUUUCUGGGUUCGUGACCCCAGAUCCUCGAUCACCGGAGGCGCCGGCGUUGAGCUCUGGCCCCGCAAAAUUGCUACUGCCUCUUUCUCCCUUCAAGACAUGAAGACCGUCAAGACUGCCGUUAAUGCGACCAUAAAUGACGUUCUAUUUGCAGUUAUAUCGUGUGGGAUAUCUAGAUACUUGGACUUCCGAGCACCUAACGGGCUGCGAGACGGUGUUCAGCUGACAGGGUUAGCUAUGGUUAAUUUAAGAAAGCAACCAGGGUUGCAGGAAUUGUCCAAUUUGAUGAAAAGCAAUUCAGGAGCGAGGUGGGGUAACAAAUUUGGUAUGAUUCUGCUGCCAAUAUAUUACCACAGAAGCAACUUUUCAGAUCCUUUAGAAUAUUUGAAGAGAGCUAAGGCAACGAUUGACAGAAAGAAACGAUCUCUAGAGGCCAGUUUCUCAUACAAAAUUGGAGAUUUUGUAAUGUCCACCCUUGGUCCGAAGUUUGCUGGCCUUCUAAAUUACCGGAUACUCUGCCACACCACCUUUACAAUCUCAAACGUGGUAGGGCCACAAGAGGAGAUUAUGAUUGGAGGCAAUCCUAUAACGUUCUUAAGGGCAAACAAUUCUGCCUUGCCACAUGCGCUGAUUUUGAAUAUGGUGAGCUAUGCUGGAAGGGCAGACAUGCAAGUGCAGGUGGCCAAAGACAUCAUUCCUGAUCCUGAGUUUCUUGCCAAGUGCUUUGAGGAUGCAUUGCUUGAAAUGAAGGAGCAGGUUACGGCCAAAAUCGGGAAUAUGGAUGCGAAAGGAAAACUAAAGGUAAUGUUUCUUCCUUUUCCUGGUCAAGGACACUUGAUCCCAAUGGGUGAUAUGGCAAGAGCAUUCAGUGGAAGAGGGGUGAGGGCAACUAUAGUCACCACUCCACUCAACGUACCUGCUAUUCGGGGGACCAUAGGAAAAAGCUCAGAUUUAGACUCCGACUCGGAGAUAGAAAUUGUCAGCAUCAAAUUCCCUUGUGCAGAGGCUGGCUUACCUGAGGGAUGCGAAAAUACAGAGUCACUCCCCUCUCCAGACUUCAUACCCGCUUUCUUAAAGGCAACCACCAUGCUAGAGCCCCAAUUGGAACGCCUCCUUCUUCAACACUCACCACACUGCCUUAUUGCCAGUGCUUUCUUCCCCUGGGCAUCUCAUUAUGCAGCUACAUUCAAUAUCCCAAGGCUUGUAUUUUAUGGCACCGGUGUCUUCGCCUUGUGUGCUUCAGAAUGUCUGCGACUCUACCAGCCUCACNCUACAAUGCUGUGUCUUUUACCACCCAUAAUUUUUGCUAUUGUGCAGACCAUAAAUGACGUUCUAUUUGCAGUUAUAUCGUGUGGGAUAUCUAGAUACUUGGACUUCCGAGCACCUAACGGGCUGCGAGACGGUGUUCAGCUGACAGGGUUAGCUAUGGUUAAUUUAAGAAAGCAACCAGGGUUGCAGGAAUUGUCCAAUUUGAUGAAAAGCAAUUCAGGAGCGAGGUGGGGUAACAAAUUUGGUAUGAUUCUGCUGCCAAUAUAUUACCACAGAAGCAACUUUUCAGAUCCUUUAGAAUAUUUGAAGAGAGCUAAGGCAACGAUUGACAGAAAGAAACGAUCUCUAGAGGCCAGUUUCUCAUACAAAAUUGGAGAUUUUGUAAUGUCCACCCUUGGUCCGAAGUUUGCUGGCCUUCUAAAUUACCGGAUACUCUGCCACACCACCUUUACAAUCUCAAACGUGGUAGGGCCACAAGAGGAGAUUAUGAUUGGAGGCAAUCCUAUAACGUUCUUAAGGGCAAACAAUUCUGCCUUGCCACAUGCGCUGAUUUUGAAUAUGGUGAGCUAUGCUGGAAGGGCAGACAUGCAAGUGCAGGUGGCCAAAGACAUCAUUCCUGAUCCUGAGUUUCUUGCCAAGUGCUUUGAGGAUGCAUUGCUUGAAAUGAAGGAGCAGGUUACGGCCAAAAUCUGACUUAUGGAGAAAUUUGAUUUUGAUAAAUGUGAUAAAAUUACUGUAUGUGAAAUAUUGAGAUGCUUACGAUCACAGGCAAGUAAUUUAGAUUAUCACAACAUUUACUUAAAUGUUAUAUAGGACUUAAUUGUGAUACAUUCUGCUCUCUCUUAAGUUCCACACCGGUGGCAUAUGUAUAUUUGGGUUAAAAUCUGUUUACA